CGGCUGAUGUAAGAAGAAUUUCCAAAACAAAAUCUCUCUUUGGUUCCACUGCCGGUUGAUUGAAGGACGUUAUUGUCUGAUCGCUGAAUGCUACCUUGUUUGUUGAGGAAAAAAACAUUACAAAGUGCGUCUCACAUUCCUACUUAUAUCAGGACGUGUUACUUUUCAACCAAAGUUUUGAAAAGAAACUGGAAUAGCAUUGGUAAAACAAUCGUUGCUCUACGGAACAUGGGUAGCAAAGAUAAUUCUCCCAAUAUUGAUACUUUGAGAUCCUCGGUGAAAGAACAGGGAGAUCUUAUACGAAAGUUGAAGGAGGAAAAUGCCGAUCAAAUUCAAAUACAACAAGCUGUCAGAGAAUUGAAACAUAGAAAGAAAGUGUUAGAGGAGAAGGAAUUAUUGUCAGACUCAAGAUUUACAAAAUUUGACCGACCUAAGUUUGAGGACUUCCUAAAGAGACGGUUCUUUUUUGCACCAGCCUUUGAGAUUUAUGGAGGUGUUGCAGGCUUAUAUGACUAUGGACCUUCAGGUUGUGCAAUUGAAGCAAAUGUCUUAAACUUAUGGAGGUCUCAUUUUGUGCUAGAAGAACAGAUGUUAGAAAUCAAGUCCACACAACUUACACCUCAUGUUGUUCUCAAGGCAUCUGGUCACGUGGAUAGGUUUACAGACUAUAUGGUCAAAGAUGUAAAGACUGGAGAAUGUUAUCGCGCCGACCAUCUCUUGAAAGCUAUUUUGGAAGGCAUUAUAAAUAACAAAAACACUUCAGUUGAGAAGAAGAACGAAUGCGAACUCGUCCUCGCGCAGCUUGACGACUACGACCAGCCGGCACUGGCCGCAAAACUUAAAGAAUACAACGCCAAAUUUCCUGGAACCAAUAAUGACAUUACUGAGCCUGCUGAAUUCAAUCUCAUGUUUGGGACUUCUAUCGGACCUACUGGACUCCUUCAAGGAUUUUUACGUCCAGAAACGGCGCAAGGAAUCUUCGUGAACUUUAAACGUCUUUUGGAUUAUAAUAAUGGAAAACUGCCUUUCGCUUCUGCACAAAUUGGGGGUGCAUUCAGAAAUGAAAUAUCUCCUAGGUCUGGUUUACUUAGAGUCAGAGAAUUCACGUUAGCAGAAAUUGAACACUUUGUUGAUCCAUCAGACAAAAGUCAUCCUAAAUUUGAGAAUGUGCAAAACGUUCAAGUAACAAUGUUUCCCGGUUCGUAUCAAAUGAGUGGCAAGCCAGCAUUUGAAAUUACCUUGAAGGAAGCGUAUGAAACGAAUGUAAUCAACAGCACUACAGUUGGUUAUUUUAUUGGCCGAGUUCAUCUCUUUCUGUGUAAGAUUGGGGUUGAUCCUUCUCGGUUAAGAUUCCGUCAGCAUUUAGCGAACGAAAUGGCGCAUUAUGCCUGUGAUUGUUGGGAUGCAGAAAUUAAGAAUUCUUAUGGUUGGAUAGAGUGCGUUGGGAUAGCAGACCGUGCUUGUUAUGAUCUGAGUGUUCAUACAAAAUCAAGUGGAGUAAAGUUGGUUGCUCAGGUCGACUUAGCUGAACCUACUACGGUGAAAGUUGUUGAACCUGUGUUGAACAAAGCACCAAUCGGAAAGUCAUUCAAGAAAGAUGCCAAACAAGUCACUGAACAUUUGACAAACUUGGCGGAAAGCGAUCUCGAUAAAUUAGAAAGUUCGCUUGAUCAAAAUGGAACUUACGUAAUUAAAAUUGGAGAAAAGGAAUACACAAUCACGAAAGACAUGGUCAAGGAGGUUAAAAGAUACGAGAAAGACGUCCACGUUCGGGAAGUUGAGCCUCAUGUAAUUGAACCAUCUUUCGGUAUUGGCAGAAUUAUUUAUUCAUUACUGGAGCAUAACUUUCACAUAAGAGAAGAAGACGAACAAAGAACGUGGCUCUCUUUACCUUCCAUGAUCGCUCCGGUGAAAUGCUCUAUUCUCCCGCUGAGCAAAAACAAAGAAUUCGAUCCUUUUGUCAAAACAUUAUCCAAUCGCCUGAAUGAGUACGAUAUCAGCCACAGAAUUGAUGACUCUGCAGGUUCCAUCGGUCGAAGAUAUGCACGAACUGAUGAGAUUGGUAUCCCAUUUGGUGUCACAAUAGAUUUCGAUACCGUCAAUAAACAACCUUCUACAGUUACUUUACGUGAACGAAAUUCAAUGAAACAAAUUCGACUUCCGAUUGACGUUUUGCCAAAUUCAGUUAGCGACCUCAUACGCGGGGGACGAAAGUGGGAAAGUAUGGUCGAUGAGUAUGGAAUUUUUUUAGGACAAGAAACAACGAAAUGAAGAGAAGAUAAAAAAUUUAGUUGACUGUUGUAUAAUGUGGCGCAUGCAAAGUAUCUCUUGGCAAAUACUCUUUUACACGCUCUGGGAAAAUUGAAUAAAAUAUAUUCAAAGGAGAUAAAAUUAGUCUUUU